UCGGUGUGCGGCUCCUAUAAACAGACGAAGAAGAACCCUGAGCGGUCCGUAGGUCCGUAUCACAUCCGGUAUUUCAGUUGUCCCGGGAAACCCGCCUUGCACGGAUACUUAACGUCACUUCAGAAUAUUUUAAUGUGGAGAGGCAUAUUUGAAUACAUGUUUUAACCGAGUGAGACAGAUGACAAGCUAGCCCCGACCGGAAGAGCCUCGAUACCUGGUUAGUUAGCUACCUAGCUACCUAGCUAGCUACCUAGCUACCUAGCUAGCCUAAGCUGUGUGUAGCCGCGGUGGGAGCUCACAGUCAGCCGGACGUUAACAUCCACAAUGACCCAGCAAGCUGCGGCUCUGCAGACCUACAACAAUGAACUUGUCAAGUGUAUUGAGGACCUGUGCUCCAAGCGUGAGGAGUUGAACCGUCAGAUCAAGCAGGAGGAAGAGGAGAAGGAGCGGCUGCAGCACGACAUCCGCGUCCUCUCGGAGAAGCUGUGCAGAGUCAACGAGAGCCUGGCACAGAGGCUCGCCGCCCGCACCACUUUUGACCGCACCAUCGCAGAGACCGAGGCUGCAUACACCAAGAUCUUGGAGAGUUCCCAGUCCCUUCUCAGCGUCCUGAAGCAGGAGGCAGGAAACCUCAGUAAAGCCACAGAGCCCCGGAGGAAAGAUCACUAAUGGCGAUGAAAGGUCACAGAACUCUCGUUUUGACCACAACAGCAACACUUGACUCAGCACUUUUAACUGUUUAUACUCCCCUCCGGACUAAUCUUAAUAUGUUUGACUGAUUUAUUGUAAGUUACCUAA